UUUGCAUUUCAAUCUUAACUCCUCUAUAAACUACCCACCACCACCAUCAUCACUCCUUUGUCCCAACGGUUUGCUUCAUCUCAUCUAUAAUGGAGACAGCAGCAGAGAAAUCCCUCCACCUCCCCGCCCGCAACACUCACCAACUCUUCUUCGUAUCACAGUUUUCCCUUCGAAUUUUCGCCGCCGCCGCCACUCUCGCCGCCGCAUGGAUCAUGCUCACCGCCAAACAAACCUCCGUCGUCUUCGGCAUCCAAGUCGACGCCCGCUACAGCUACUCCCCCGCUUUCAAGUUCUUCGCAUACACCAACCUAAUCGUCUUCGCAUUCACGAUCCUGUCGCUGUUCUUCGCCUACGUCGGCAAAAAGGCGGUGGAUCCGGUCUACUUCUUCUACAUCUUCCUGCAUGAUCUGAUGGUGACAGUGCUGCUGAUGGCGGCGUGCGCGGCGGCGACGGCGGUGGGGUACGUAGGGAAAUACGGCAACAGCCACGCCGGAUGGGUGGAGAUUUGCGGAUACUUGGGCGAAUUCUGCAGAAAGGCGACUGCUGCUUCGUCGAUUUCGUAUUUUGCUCUGGUUGUUUACCUCAUUCUCACUGUCAUCUCCGCAAACAAGUCGCGCCAAACCUUCGUUUGAUAUAUUUUUGUAUGCUCCUACACUCCCCUACUAUAAUUAUAAUUGUGUGUGUUUUUGCUAAUUUCAGUUUGUUUAGGUGAUAAUUUAGAUAUAUAUAUAUAUGUGGUUAAUUUGUCAUGUUA